ACGGUCCUUUUCGGUUUGUCAAGGUCAGCAGCGGAUCCAAAGAAAAUAGGCGCCAACAACUUCCUCAUUCCUCCUGUCAGCGGGAUCCAUUUGCUGGAUCUUCCUCUCUCUCAGUUUCCCUUUCUUCCUUGCCUGCUGAGCUACCUCAGAGUGUCAUCAGUAAUCUGCUCCACCUGGAAUUUUUCUUAUUUGGAAUCGCUGAGCUGGUUAGACUCCUCCAGGUUGAAUUGGUCCGUAGGUAAGAGACAAAAGGCCAGCUACAGAUUGGUAAGGAUUUAAGUCCACAAUCGGAAUCGAGAAGUAAAGAGAAAUGGCUGUAGUUGCAUCCGCUCCUGGGAAGGUUUUGAUGACUGGGGGUUACCUAAUUCUGGAGAGGCCAAAUGCUGGACUCGUCCUUAGCACAAAUGCUCGUUUCUAUGCUAUUGUGAAGCCAAUUUACGAAGAUGUCGAGCCAGAAAGCUGGGCCUGGGCUUGGACAGACGUGAAAUUAACAUCUCCUCAACUGUCUAGGGAAAUUGCAUACAAAAUGUCACUGAAACAUUUAACUCUCCAGCAUGUCUCCUCAAGGGACUCGAGCAACCCUUUUGUGGAACAAGCUGUACAAUACAGUGUAGCCACUGCAAAUGCAAUAUUAGUUGACAAGAAUAAGAAAGAUUUGCUACACAAGCUACUUUUGCAAGGUCUUGACAUUACAAUUCUUGGCUGUAAUGAUUUCUAUUCAUACCGUAACCAGAUUGAAGCAUACAAACUGCCUUUGACACCUGAAUCAUUGGCUUCUCUUCCACCCUUUUCGUCAAUAACCUUCAAUGCAGAGGGAUCUGAUGGGGCGAAGUGCAAGCCUGAAGUAGCAAAAACUGGAUUGGGCUCAUCUGCUGCAAUGACAACUGCAGUGGUUGCAGCUUUGCUUCAGUACCUUGGAGUUGUGGACCUUCCACUUUCAACUAAAACUGUAAAUCAACAAACGAUAGACAGUAAAGAUCUUGAUUUGGUGCAUGUGAUAGCCCAAAGUGCUCAUUGUAUUGCUCAGGGCAAAGUGGGAAGUGGGUUUGAUGUCAGUGCUGCAGUCUAUGGCAGUCAACGUUAUGUUCGGUUUUCACCAGGGGUUCUUUCUUCUGCUCAGGAAGCAGUGAAAGGAAAUCCAUUAAAGGAAGUUAUCACUGAUGUUAUAAAGGGGAAAUGGGAUCAUGAAAAGACUCAUUUCUGCUUACCACCCUUGAUGACACUUCUACUUGGGGAGCCAGGAACUGGAGGAUCAUCCACACCAUCAAUGGUAGGUGCUGUGAAGAAGUGGCAGGCAUCUGAUCCUCAGAAAUCUUCAUACACAUGGAGAAGAUUAGCAGAGGCAAAUUCGGCACUUGAAGGACAACUCAAAUUGUUGAGCAAGCUUGCAGAAAGUCAGUGGGAAGCAUACAAAUGUGUCAUCAAUAAUUGCAGCAGCCACAGAUGUGAACAGUGGAUGAAGCAAGCAACCGAACCAUAUGGAGAAGCAGUUGUUAAAGCUUUGAUUGGAGCAAGAGAUGCUAUUCUUGAGAUUAGGCUUCAAAUGCGUCAAAUGGGUGAGGCAGCAGGUAUCCCGAUAGAACCUGAAUCACAAACCCAACUUCUCGAUGCAACUAUGAACAUGGAAGGAGUCCUAUUAGCCGGGGUUCCUGGAGCAGGUGGGUUUGAUGCAAUUUUUGCUGUCACACUUGGAGGGUCCAGCAGCAAGGUUACCAAAGCAUGGAGUUCACUUGGUGUCCUAGCCUUGUUGGUCAGAGAAGAUCCUCAAGGUGUUUGUCUAGAAAUUGGAGACCCACAAGCUUCUGAAAUCUCAUCAGCCAUAUCAGCAGUGCAUAUUGAAUAGGUCAGUUUUGCCUCCAUGUCUGUAUUAGAUAAUUAAUUCUUGAGCUUAAGAUAAGAAUCACUGGGGAACAUCUGCUGGAGGAAGAAAGAUUCCAAACAUGGUGAUGCUUGGCGGAUGUAAAAUUCACACCCAACAAUAAAAGGGUAGUCUAUUUUUGAUAUUGUAACCUUUGCAAUAAAAGAUUGUGCAAUAGAAAGUGCUUCCCAUUCAACAUCUAUUAGUUGAACUUUCAGAGCUUGUUCAGCAUAGUUAA